ACAUUUUCUUUGGUGGUGCACUAGGUGGUGGGGCUGCGAUGGGUGGUGGUGGGGCUAUGAUGGGUGAUGGUAAGGGUCGCUGGUGGGGUUCGGCUUGCAGGUAGGGUUCGUCGGGUGGCUUGGGGUGUGUUGGUGGGUGGUGGGUGGUGGAGGGGUUGGGAAGAGAGGAUUUUCGGUUGGUUUUUUUUUUAAGAAAAAAAAGUUUUAAGUUAACAUAUUUUUUCACAGAAAGUUAACGAGGGAUUAAGGGAGGGGUAUAGCUGAUUAAAGAUUAAUAGUUCAGAAGCACGACUUAGAACUUUCAAAAAAUAGGACACAACUUGAAAAACCCAACUCCUGGGGGCAUAGCUUAAAAAAACCGUAAAUAUUUUACCCUUUUAUUUGCAAGGAAAAUACAAUACUUAUCUGUCCUAAAAACAACUCAUCAAACAAGACGCAAAAAGAAGUAAGAGAGACAGUUAAACUCAAGAGCCAAAAUUUCUCUCUAGUCACUUGAUCAGAAGGGCGAAGAGCCACAACGGGGCAGAGGUGAAACAUACACAGAGAUGGCCGGAAGACAGCCGCACUCACGAGCCCCACCACCGUCGCAUAUGACGGCGCACCACCGUGAAAUCCAAGGCCUCCUUCUCGACCAGAAAGAAAUGUCAGCAAUGCACGCGACUCUCAAGCAAGAACUCGCCGCCGCCGAUCAAGAGCUCCGGAAACUAUCGGCCGCCGCUCGAAAAUUCAGGGAGGAGAGAGAAUCUCAAAUCAAGGAGCUUUACGAAAAAUCUCUCAAAUUAGAGACCGAGGUUCGCGCCAUUGAGGCCCUAAAUUCUGAGCAUACCCAAGUAAUUGGUGAUAUUCAGAAAUUGACUGAGAGUAAGAUUCAGCUUACUGCUCAAUUUAAGGUUCUUGAUACUGAAUUGUCUAGGGUUAAGAUGGAUGCUUCUCAGGUGCCUGAGAUUCAGGCUGAUGUUGAUAAAAUGGAGCAAGAGCUUCAGAAAGGAAGAGCUGCAGUAGAAUACGAAAAGAAGACUAGGGCAGCUAACCUUGAACUGAAUGAAGCAAUGGACAGGAAAAUGAAUUCUCUGCAACAUGAUAUUGAGAUGCUACGUGCUGAGCUUGCUAAUGCUGAGAAACGAGCGAGGGAAGCUGCUGCUGCUUCAAAUCCAGAUCUUGGAUACACGGGAAACUAUGAGAGUCGUAGUAUGGCAUACGGAAGAGGUCCUUAUUCUGUUCAAUAUUCCAUGCAUCAGGGACAACUAAUGGCGGACAGUGCCUCCUUAGCUCUGUAUGGACGUUCAGUUAGUCAUGAUCCAUUUGAUGCACAACAGCCCCAUGUACGGAAAGGAUAAUUCCAUUUGGCGACUUGCCUUCUCAUUUGCUUGAAGGCUAACUGCAAGCAUUAACUAUAGAAAACGAGUAAAUGACCUUGUAAACAGAUUUAAGCUGAAACCAGACACCCGUUCUGGGAAUAUGGUAGUAAGUCACACACACUCGACCUUUCAACUUGGGUGAGAACAAACUUUUUGCUUUAAUGAUGGAAGCUGCCUGCCUGCCUCCAUUUGGUUUACUCGUCGAUGAACAGUAACUUUCUCUGUCGGCAACUCGAGUCAGCAAUCAGCCAAGACCAAGUACUUUUGUAAUAGAAGUUACAAUCUGUAGAUAUGCUUCACAUGUUUAGUUUCCCAUUGGAAAAGCAUGGAUGAAAGAUCGUUCUAAAUGUUAAUUGGUUUAUAUUGGUGCAUGAUCGAUUAAGGAUA